CCUUCCUCUCAGGUUCUGGGUGAACGUGAUAAAGAACCCUCAGUUUGUGUUCGACAUCCAUAAGAGCAGCAUCACGGACGCCUGUCUGUCGGUCGUCGCCCAGACCUUCAUGGACUCCUGCUCGACGUCCGAACACCGGCUCGGAAAAGACUCUCCAUCCAACAAGCUGCUUUACGCUAAAGACAUCCCCAACUACAAGAGCUGGGUGGAGAGGUACUACAGGGAUAUUGCGAAGAUGCCCAGCAUCAGUGAUCAGGACAUGGACGCCUACCUGGUGGAGCAGUCCCGUCUGCACGGCACCGAGUUCAACACACUGAGCGCACUCAGUGAGCUCUACUUCUACAUCAACAAGUACAAGGAAGAGAUCCUGACAGCGUUGGAUCGGGACGGGUACUGUCGCAAACACAAACUGAGGCACAAACUGGAGCAAGCCAUCAACCUGAUGUCUGGGAGCAGCUGAGAGGAGAGAAUGGACUGAAGGACUGAUGGAAGGAUUGGGGGGUGGGGAAGAAGAAUGGAGGAGGGGGAAGUGAAGACAUUUUGUUUUUCUGAACUGUCUAAACAGUCAGCUGAACUGCUCAGUGUCGGACCGAACUGACGGCCACAGCUUCGGCCCUUGAGCAAUCAAUCCAUCAGCAAUUUAUUUCUCGAUUGAUUGAUUGAUUGAUUUGAAGACUGAUUACCUGGAUGGCUGGGACCCCAACUAUCUCCGUUCGGUGGGUUUUGGGGUUGAAAAAUCAGUGUCCAAACCGAUUUGGAUACAUUUACAACGUGACUUCAACGUGGAAUGGAGUCAUUUUGGGUCAAAAACGAUGCAAGAUGCACCUGUCGGUUUGGAUUUUCAAUUUAAAUUAACUGCAGGUUGUAAGCAGGGAUCAAAGCAAAAGGGGCCUGGCUGUGGAAAGACAUGGAAACUAAGCUAAAGACUAAGUUAGGUUUCACCAAACAACGGAUGUGACAUGAGGACUUAUCGACCUGACAUCAGGAUUCCCAGCCUGGUUGGGAAAAUUCUAGAUGCUAAGUUGAAAAGCAAUAGGUCUAGUCAAGUUUCUGGACUUCACCUUCAAAGCUUGUUCUGGUCCAAAGGAUCAGGAAACUAGGCUGAUGGUCAAGGGGUCAUGGUAAAAUCGCAAAAGCCUCAUCGUAGUCCAGACGAAUCCGGGCUAAAUGUCAAAAGGUCAAGUCAAGGCUCACCGCAGAAGUCCGAAGCCUCGUUACUGAUGUCGUGAAUCCUUAGCCUUGAAUGGUAGGAAUCUGAUCAACCGUCAAGGAAGGAAUCGUCAAAGUCAAACUUGUUGUUUCGAGCUUUAACGAAGGGGAAGGAAGCAAAUAAACUGAUGUCCCUAUAACUGAUAACUUGAGUUUACCUUGGAAAAACUGCGUAGUCUCCAAAGAUGUGAAUUCACGGUGCAAAAUAACAGGAAUUCAUCUUUGGAGAUAAGGAACCAAGGAGCCGGGACACUUUGACUUGACCUUGGACUGUUCGGCCAAGCCUCGUCAGGAUCUAGGAGUUUCGAAGUUGCUGUAUAACCACCCAAUGUUUUCUCUGGACAAUCACUCUUUACCACAGCACACUGAGCCCAAUGCCUACCGACCGCCAGUACCUGUGUCCAUAAUCCCGUCCCUUUCCUUUUCCUUUCCUUCAUCCUCAACUCUUAGUACUUUACCCUUUCUUCGUUUUGUCUUCUUCUCUAUCUUCCCUUCUCCCUCCAUUCUGACUAGUUCCCUCUAUCACCCCACUUUUUAAUUUCUCUUCCCCCUUCCAACCCCUCUCCGUCAUUGGUCAGUGAUGCUGGCCUCUGGUCAUCCUAUUGGCCACGAAGACUCUUUAGUAAUGUACUGCCCGACCAAUCAAGACUGUGGAAUUCGCCAGAAUCAUGAAAAGUGAAUAUAUAAGAAAUUAAUCCAGAAUUACGUUUUGAAUACAUUCCAGCACAGGCACACAGGCAAGGUCUGUAAAUAAGCAGGUUGACUCGCUAAUUCUUCGCUAAAACAGAAGAACUUCUGACUGACCGACAUUUUUUCAGGACCAGAACAACCUGGAUAUUUGGGUUCUGGAUUCAGCACCAGUCGGUACACUUUGACGCUGGUUGGUGCAGAACGCUUUAUUGUCGGACCUUGCACAUACACCCACAUACAGCCAUGCUUUACAGCGCCAUGCUAACCGUGCCCAGGGGGAAAUACUGUGCAGAGCUACAAGCCCAGUGCCAUGUAAAGACCGGACCGGAUCACGUCAGAACUGGACCGGACUUGGACCAAACCCGGAUCAAAAACAACCUGGAGUUUUAACCCGGACCGUAACUCAAGAACUUUGAAGACUUGUGGCCAUAAUUGUAAACAAAAACAAAAAAAGAAAGAUGAUAAUAAUAAUAAUAAUGAUGAUAAAGUAUAAAAGUUAAAAAAGAAUACAAAAAGAAAGGAAAAAAAAGAAAUAUUGAAAUGUUAACAUGUAAUAAGAACUUUGUGGAUUUGACAGUAUGGAUUUUAAGGAGCUGAACUUGUAUAAAGCUGAACAUUAUGCUACAUCAGAGUCUGGAGGAAGAGAGACAGCCAGGAGACAGAACAAUGGAUCAAACUAAGUCCAUCUUUAUGCCUUCAAACCGGACUGAACAGAAUCAAACUGGAUUGUUACCGGACUGAACUUGAAGGAACUGAAUAUCUGCUCUGAAUGUCAACGUUGGAAGAACAACUUGGACACUUUCUUUUACCAAAUGGGAUGUUUGUUUGAACCGAACAGAGCAGUGUUGGAUGGAGGGUUAGUUUGGAGGUUUUGGUGGGGUUUGACGUUGCAUGUGUCGCCUAUAACGAAGUCUUUGUUUUGAUGAUUUCUUGUACAUCCUAGAGCAGGGGUGUCAAACUCAAGGCCCGGGGGCCAAAUCCGGCCCGAGACUUCAUUUAAUG